UUCUAUAUUUCUAAAUCCCUAGUUCUUGAUUAGGAUCACACAAUGUGGCAAGUUUUGCUGGCUGCAGCAUUAGCAGGAUCUGGGUAUUUUGCUAAAAACCUACUCCACAAAAAUGAUAAGGAACCCACGAAUUGUUUUGAUUUACCCACAGAAAUACCACCAUCUUCUGUCGAGAAUGCUGACGCAGAAGCUUCAAAUUUUAAUGAAGAAACGUCAUCGAUCUUUAGGUUUUCUAGUGCUUCUCAAGGGUCAAAGAGUUAUCGGAAGAAAUUGGGCCAUGGUGGUGGAAUUAAAGGUAAGAGAGGAAAUCAUGAAAAAACAUUUGGGUCGGUGAAGAAAAUGGCUGAUGGAUUUGUUGAUGAUCAGAGGAAAAGUGGGAGGAAAUUUGCUGUUUGUUUGAAGAAGAGGCGUACCGGCAGAAAUGCUUCUGCUAAAUGUGAUUCUUUUGAUGUUAAGGACAAAUCAUCUUUUGGUUGGGGAGUUGGAGUUGGAAUAAUGUACAUGAUGUCAGCUGGGAAAGCCGAAAUCGAAAGGCUAAAUACAGCAGUAGACGAGACUGCUAAGGUUGUUCAAGAAUUAAAAGUUGAGAUUUCCAAAAGAAAAUCAUCAUGUGAUUUGAAGGUUGAAAGAACUACAAAUCAGAAACGGAUGGAUACCAAAUGGGAUCAAUCUGUACUUGAGAAAUCAGACAUGGAGAACAGUGAUAUUGAAGUUUAUGGUUCUCAAAUGGCCGAUGAAGGUGGGUAUGCAAGUAGCAUUGUGACAGAAGAACCACAUCAAGAGGCACUGGAAAUGGAUCAACUAGAAGCCGAACUUCAAUCUGAGCUUCUAAAACUUCAUGUUUCCACUGCGGAAGUUUCAUCUUCUUUUCAGAAUAAAGCUUCAAGUGAGGAUCUCUACAAGCCACAAGAUCUUGAUCAGGCAUUUAACCAAUGUAACGGUGUAAUUCCAUCUGAACUUGAUCAGAAAUUAUGUCAUCUGCUAAUCGAACAGCAGGAGAGUCAAAUUGUGGACUUGGAGUCGGAAUUGCAAUGCACGAAUUCCAAGCUCUUGGAGAAAGAAUCCGAGCUCCAAGCAUUGAAGGAUUGUGUUAAACGCCUCACUGACUUUUCUCUAACAUGUCCCUCAGAUGAAGAAAAAGAAGGCCAGGUUGAGGAGGUUCAUGGUAGGACGAUAGAUGGAAAUGGAAAACCAGCAGUUGGCACCAAAAGAGCAAUCGACUUUGAUUGAAAUGUGAUUCUUUCUGGAUAUAGCAACAUAUAUUAUACACGGUAAACUGUACAUUUUUCUAUAUUUGGAAAGUUAACUCUUGAUCGUUUGUUGGUA